AUGCUUUUCACUAAGCUCCUCCUUCUAGUGGCUGCAGUUGCUACUGCUACACCAGUGGCUACACCAGCGGAAGACGACCCUCAUGGACUGAACCUCACGCCGGCGGAGAAGGAACUUAUGAAGGAUCCUUCGGCAUGGCAGUUAACAGAGAAUUCCAUCGCCGACCGCGUCCAGGAGCUGUCGCCUCGCCAGACUCCGGAGCCAUUUCCCAUUCCAACCAAUAGGUUUGAGGUUGGCUCAGGGGGGGGUAUUCGACUGUUCAGUACUUAA